AUGGAAUUUAUUAGAGUCCAAUUGGGCUUUGAUAAUUGUUUUAUGGUUGAGGCUCGUGGGCAUAGUGGUGGCCUGGCUUUACUUUGGAGGGACACGUUUGAUGUGGCUAUACAGGGGUACUCUUUUAAUCAUAUUGAUGCAACUAUUCAAGCUCAACAUAGUGUUCAAUGGCGUUUCACGGGGGUUUACGGUGAGCCAAACCGCGAGCUCCGUUUCAGAACUUGGGAUCUCCUUCGUUCCAUUAAAAACGACAGUACCUUGCCGUGGUGUCUUAUGGGGGAUUGGAAUAACUUGGGCUCCCAAACUGAAAAACGAGGAGGAAGGAAAUAUCCGGAUCGUCUUAUUGAAGGCUUCCUUGAAGCUAUGGCUGAUUGCAACUUGAUCGACUUACCUCUUGUGGGGUAUCCUUUUACUUGGGAGAAAGGUCGGAAUAGUGCUAAUUGGAUUGAAGAACGUCUUGAUAAAGCCUUGGUGUCUCACGAAUGGAUAUCAACGUUCCCUCAAGCGACUCUACACAACUUAGAGAUCUCCACCUCCGACCAUUGCCCUAUUCUCUUAAUUCUCAAAGGUGUGUCCCCUGCUUAUUCUUUUGUUUCCUUUCGCUUUGAAAAUGCAUGGCUCCGUGAGCCUCUAUGUAAACAACUGGUGGAAGGGUGCUGGGAGGGAUCGGGUUUGGUCAGUAUGCAAGAAAAAAUUCUCAGGUGUGGGGAGGUGUUGGGAAAGUGGGGUAGAGAGAUUACUGGUAACUUUCGGAAGAGAAUUGAUCAAUGUAAGAGGCAGAUUAGCAAUUCAAAGUGGGGCAAAGAUCCGAUGAAGCGGAAUAAUAGUAUUUCUCAACUCAAAGACAAUGGAGGCCGUUGGGUUGCCUGGGAUUCGGGGUUGGACACUGUCAUCAUAGAUUAUUUCCGAGAUUUGUUCCAAACGUCUAAUAUAGACCUUGGUUCAAUUCUGAAUAGAGUUCGUCCCGUUGUCACUCAAGAACAAAAUGAAGAAUUGUUGGUGCCUAUUUCUGAAGAGGAAGUUAGACAUGCAUUGUUUCAAAUGCAUCCCGACAAAUCUCCAGGCCCAGAUGGAAUGACACCGGGUUUUUACCAGAAACAUUGGGAUAUUGUGGGCCACGACGUGAUUGAAUUUGUUCGAGUUUUCUUUGAUACUGGGGUGAUAUCGGAUGGCCUUAAUGAUACUCAUAUAGUCUUGAUUCCGAAGAAGAAGAAUCCCACCCAGAUGAGUGAUAUGCGGCCAAUCUCCCUAUGUAAUGUGCUUUAUAAGAUAGCUUCCAAGGUUGUGGCUAACCGUAUGAAGGGAAUACUUGACAUUGCAAUCUCUGAAACUCAGAGCGCCUUUGUAUCAGGUAGGUUGAUUUCUGAUAAUUUUAUGGUGGCUUUCGAAGUUAUGCACUACUUAAAAAGGAAAACAAAUGGAAGACAAGGUUAUAUGGCUUUAAAAUUGGAUAUGAGUAAAGCCUAUGAUCGAGUUGAGUGGGGAUUUUCGGAAGCGGUUCUUCGCGCUAUGGGUUUUAGCGAUCGUUGGAUUGGUUUAACUCUUGGAUGUGUCAAGUCUGUCCGUUAUCAUGUAAUUAACAGUGGUCAGAAGCUGGGGCCUAUCUUUCCCACGAGAGGUAUUCGUCAAGGCUGUCCUUUGUCUCCCUACUUAUUUAUUGUGUGCGCUGAGGGACUUUCAUCACUCAUCAAACAUGCUGAAGCUACAAAACUCAUCACGGGAUGCAAGGUUGCCCGUAGUGCACCUCCUAUAUCUCAUCUGCUUUUUGCCGACGAUAGCUAUGUGUACUGCAAAGCUUCUGAGGAGGAAGCAAAUCGUGUUCUUACUCUCUUGCGCACCUUUGAAGAAGCUUCGGGGCAGAAGGUUAAUCUCCAUAAAUCGUCUGCUUUCUUUAGUUCAAAUACAAGGGUGGACAUAAGGAGACGAGUUUGUAGUUUGAUGCAAGUUCAAGAAGCUGGGGCAGACAGUCUUUACUUGGGUCUCCCGAGUAUUGUUGGUAGGAAUAAAAAUGAUGUUUUGGGGUUCCUUAAAGAAAGGAUGAGAAAGCGAAUCACCAGUUGGGAAGGCAAAUUUCUUUCUCGGGCGGGUAAGGAGGUCUUCAUUAAAUCUGUGGUUCAAUAUCUCCCUUCAUAUGCAAUGAAUGUUUUCCUUUUCCCGAUCGGCACUUGUAAAGAACUUGAGAGACUAGUGGCUAGCUUCUGGUGGAAAUCAAACAAAUCCAACAGCAAUGGAAGUGGGAUUGUUUGGAUGAACUGGGAUAGAAUGACAAGGAAUAAAGCUGAGGGUGGCAUGGGAUUUAGAAAUUUGAGAGAUUUUAAUCUUGCCAUGCUAGGAAAGCAAGGUUGGAGACUCAUGUUUAGACAAGACUCUUUGGUCAGCAAGGUGUUUAAAGCAAGAUACUAUUCUCAGAGUGACUUCUUAUCUGCUGAAUUGGGAUCCAACCCAAGCUUUAUUUGGAGUAGCAUUUAUGCUGCUAAAGACACAGUUAAGCUGGGGUUGAGGAAAGGUAUCGGAUCUGGUCUCUCUGUGGGAAUCACCUCUGACCCGUGGCUACCAACACUUGAUAGAGCCUCCCCUAUACCGGUUGUCCCUGGCCUUGAAAACUUUACUGUUAACAGCUUGUUGCAAAUGCAUAGCCGCAACUGGGAUGUCGAAGUGGUUAGAGAUUUAUUCUCUCCUGUUGAUGCUGCGAUCAUUUUGGGGAUUCAAAUCAACCAAUCGUCCGAGAAUGAUUAUUGGUACUGGUUUGGUGAAAAAGAUGGGACUUAUUCUGUCAGUAGUGCUUAUAAAAUGAUCCAAGACAAUAAAGCUCCUUCUCUGAACUUAAUCGAAAGCAUCUUUUGGAAGAAAUUGUGGUCUCUCAAGGUGCCUCCCAAGGCCAAAGAUUUGAUUUGGAGGGCAGUCUCUAAUUGUCUAGCUACAAGGGUAAAUUUAUGCAUUAAGAAGGUGUUGACAGAUAGUGCUUGCCCUUUGUGUGGUAUCUAUGCUGAAACUGAAAUACACCUAUUUGUGACAUGUCAAUUUGCAAGCUCUUGCUGGGAAGAAGCUGCUGUUGCAGAUGCCAGCCGAAACAAUAAUUCUCUUCUGUAA